GAUCUAAGAUCACUUUUAAAAAAAUAUUCUGCUCUCCUUUUUUUAUAAACAAAAAGUCAAAAUAUCAAGAAGAGGAAGAAGAAGAAGAAACUCAUUUUCUCUCCGCAGAGAAAAUAAAAUCCAUGGCUUCUACUUUUAGGCUCUCUAUUAGCUUCCUCACUCUCCUCCUCUUCUCUCUGUGGGUAGUGGAGGCACACACGUCAAGAAAGCUGAUAUCAAUCAAGGAAAACGAAGGUCAAGAUACUAGUCAUUUGCUCAAAGAUGGUGAAUUCGAUGAUCCUUCAUUGUACAUGUAUUUCACACCCAAUGAUCUCAAACUAGGAACCAAAUUGCUGAUUUACUUCUACAAAAACGAUCUUCAAAAGCUUCCUCCACUUCUCACAAGACAACAAGCUGAUCUCAUUCCUUUCACUAAGUCAAAGCUUGACUUCCUUCUGGACCACUUCUCUAUCACCAAAGACUCUCCUCAAGGGAAAGCCAUAAAGGAGACUCUGGGAUAUUGUGAUGCUGAAGCUAUUGAAGGUGAGCAUAAGUUUUGCGGGACUUCUUUGGAGUCUUUGAUCGAUCUUGUGAAGAAAACAAUGGGGUAUAAUGUUGACCUCAAGGUCAUGACAACUAGAGUAAUGGUACCGGCCCAAAAUUCGAUAAGCUACGCUUUGCAUAACUAUACAUUCGUCGAGGCUCCAAAGGAACUUGUUGGGAUUAAGAUGUUGGGAUGCCAUAGAAUGCUAUACCCUUAUGCUGUUUACUAUUGCCACGGACAUAAAGGUGGAAGCAGAGUCUUUGAAGUUAAUUUGGUGACGGAUGAUGGGAGACAACGGGUCGUAGGACCCGCUGUCUGCCACAUGGACACGUCCACGUGGGAUGCGGAUCAUGUAGCUUUUAAGGUGUUGAAGAUGGAGCCGAGGUCAGCACCGGUUUGCCAUUUCUUCCCUCUUGAUAACAUUGUGUGGGUAACAAAGUAAGAAAAUAGACUUAGCUCUAUAUAAUGUGAGUAUGUGUUGUAAUAACUAUGGUUUGAAAGGAACAAAAAAAAAAGAAAGAAAGACAGCCUUAAUGUUGGUUUUGGUAUUGCCUCUUUUGUGUAACUUGCAGCAGCUCGUGAAAAUACUAGUAAUGUAACAUAUAAUAUCUCAUGCUAUACUACAUAUUUAUAUAUCACGAUGUAUGUAGCUUUUGGUCCAUGAAAUAUAUAUGUCCGGUUUGGAAA